GGAUCAUAGCUUUCACCAGGAUUCACCUUGUCAGUCUAUGUCAUGGAAAGAGCAGGUGUCCUUAAUGUUUUGUAUACUCAGUGUAUACCACAGGUGUCACUCAUUCCAUGGAUGAAUGAGUGUCUGCGGGUUUUCACUCCUCCCUUGUACUCAAGAGGAAUUAAGGUCACCAGCGAGUAACAAACUCCCCUCACCUGGUUGUUUAAGGCUCUAUUGAAAGGAAAAACAGAAACCUGCAGACACUCGGCCAUCCAUGGAAUGAGUUUGACACCCUGGUCUAGAUACAGCCUUUAAAGAUGGAAUCCGCAUUAGGGGAAACGGCACCACAGUUCCUGUGUUAGAGGCUCCAGCCAUCACAAAAGUCAGUCAACUGUACAGACAUGGGUAACGCAACAGGAUCCACUGUGGAAGAUCUCCAGGCUGUGGAGAAGCACCUCUGGUAUAAGAAGUUCAUGACCGAGUGUCCUUCGGGUCAGCUCACCCUGCAUGAGUUCAAGCAGUUCUUUGGGCUCCGGGGACUGGAUGCUGAGGCCAACGCCUACAUCGAGCAGAUGUUCCGCACGUUCGAUAUGAACAAGGAUGGCUACAUAGACUUCUUAGAGUAUGUGGCUGCUCUGAGCCUGGUGAUGCGGGGUAAAAUGGAACAUAAGCUCCGCUGGUACUUUAAGCUGUAUGAUGUAGACGGCAACGGGUGCAUUGAUCGAAGUGAGCUGCUAAACAUCAUAAAGGCUAUCCGUGCAAUCAAUGGGAACGAAAACCAGGAAGUUGAUGCAGAGGAGUUCACCAACCGGGUGUUUGACAAGAUAGACGUCAACGGAGAUGGGGAGCUGUCUUUGGAGGAGUUUGUGGCAGGGGCUCACACUGACGAAGACUUCAUGGAAGUGAUGAUGAAGACCUUGGAUCUCACCCACAUAGUCGCCAUGAUACACAAUCGGAGGCACAGUGUUUAGAGUCUGCCCUCAGACGCCUCCAUCUCCACUCCAUUGUAAUAGACUGCCGAAGGGUCACAUAGGAACUGAGCCAUGAGCCCUCAAAAGAUCUAGCCCAGAUUUGUAUAAAGACAAUCUUUAUCUUAGCAAUGCUGAAGGGCCAUGCUUUGAAUGCAUUCUUUGUUGUCGGAAUUCACAAGAGGUUGAAUGACGAUGAAAAAUUCCCUUUGCCUGCAUACAAAUAACUCAGUCAACCAUCGCUGGCUGGUUAGUGCCCUUGUGCAUUAACUAAAUCUGAGAGAGGUCUACAUGAGAGAUUUCUCACACCGUCAGCUGAACCGGAGACCCAACUAGGUCAUAACAUAAGGAGGGUGGAGGAUAAAGAGGGUGGAGGGAGUGGAGUGGUGACUACCCAAGGUGGUGAUAACCCAUUAUAACCCAUGCAUUCCUGACAAAAAAAUAAAUAUAUUUUAAAAUCCCUCACCCACCUCAGAGGCAGAUUCCUGUAGGGAAAAGAUAAUUUCCAAACCACAUCGAUAAUGACGUCUCAAACGAUCUUUUGGACCAAACUCAGUUAUUCAGUUGAGUGGUUCCUCUCUAUGACUGUGCGUCCGGGUUCUAUCGGAGGAAGUUAUAAUUCACCCACUUUCCUCCCAGUACAGUCAGUUGUCAGCUCAAAUACGACUAGAACCCAAGUUCAUUCUGUGCCAUGACUAAACGUUCCAGUUCCUCAGGAAACAGGUUCUUCCACAAGUUAGGGAUCUAAAUAAAAAAAUAAGACCAGCAUGUUUUUACAUUGCACUGGCCCCAGUUGUUAGGAAAUUAAAGUCAGCAUUUUCAGGACAUUAAUUUGAAGGAAUAUCUUAACACUACUACAUUCUAAUGUUUUCCCUACCAGACAGUAAAGUGUAAAAAAUAAAUUGUGCACAUUUGUUUGUGUUUCUGUGAGUGUGUGAGACAUACAUGAAUGACCAAUGCGCUCGCCUAGAUGGCAUUAGAAUUACCUUUAUAUAGAUCCAUAGCCCACUAACCUUGUUUAACCCAAAAAUUGCUCUAGUUUAAAGUAGUCAAAUAAAGAUUGAAAUCUGUUGUAUUUCCAUCCCACUCCACAGCUUUAAAUCGCUCACUAUUGUUUUAGAAAUCAAAAUGCCUAACAGACAUUACAGCCUCUGUGGCAUAAUUAAGGAGACAGGGAGGUGAGUCACAAGGCAGACUGCGCCAGUACGGUUGCCAUGACAACCGUGACCCAUUUCCAUGGUAACAUACAUCCAUAAAGCACUACAAAAAGGUUACGCAGCACUUACAUGGAUCUGAACGAAUCUGGAAGGAGGGACACUGACCAGGGCAGUCUGACAGUCAGCAGCAUGUUUGAAAACGACAUGAACAUGAUGUAAAAUAUCAAUAAAUAUGCCGGCUGAUACAUAGAAAACACCCAAACCAAAUAAAAAGGAUUAGGAGGUCACAGUCAGUCAGGGUGAGGACCUAAAACCACCAAAACUCCCCCUGUGGAUCUGACUGUACUGGCUUUACCUCUGCAGACAGACAGGACAGACUGCAUUGUGCUGAACUGGUUGAUCAACUGCUCACAGGAUGAGUGUUUAAAUCUGGAUAAUUGUCAUCAGUUAUGGGAUUCACUGGGGCAGGAAUGGCUAGUGACAAAUAAACAAGUACCCAGGAAUAUGGAAACUGUCAACCCAGAAAGCAUUAAUAAUCUACAACUGCAGCCUAUAACACACCACUAACCACAUAUACUAAAUCUAUGCACCACUGUUAUCAGGAAGGAUGUCAACCAUCAUGGAGAGCUGAUCAUUUUACAUUUUAGUCAUUUAGCAGACACUCUUAUCCAGAGCUUCUUACAUUAGUGAGUCCAUACAUUUUCAUAGUUGUCCCCCGCAGGAAUUGAACCCACAACCCUGGUGUUGCAAGUGCCAUGCUCUACCAACUGAGCUACACGGGACCAAUGAGACACUAGUGUACUGCUACUAUCUAGUGCCUCAGCUCAGAUCCCUCCCACAUAUAGCUUAAAGGGAAUCUGAGAGACUAUGUAGUACAAGGGGCUUUGAUCACUAUGGAAUUUUGGGUAACAUUUAAUUGUCAUGAAAACGGCCAUGGAUAUUGUCAGUCAUCUUUGUUAAAAAAAUGCUUUGCGCUUUUAAUGUAUUAUACUGAAUCUUUGAAAAUAGCCAUGACAUACCUAAUGAAUACAACACAGCUUUGGUGACAACCAUGUUUCAAAAAUGAGUGGGUUUGACCACUUAGAACAUUUGGAAAGGAAGUUCUCUCGAGCAUGCCGUUCUGCUCGUAAAACGAUGACUAACAUUACCCUCAUGUAAAAAUGAAAAACUCCUAUUGGGUAAACUUGUCUACAUCUACUAAAUAAAGUGGACCCCCCUAAAAUAAA